ACAGCAUCCGCGACCCGACGAGCAGUCGUCCAGAGCGGCGAGGCCGAUUGUCUAUCGAUUCAGUCGACCGCCGCCGAGGAAAACGCGAUGCCGUCCGUCGCCACCGCCGCCGGCGACGAUGACGAUCAUCUCCACCCCCACCACAACUACAACAAUAACAACAACAGCAGUAAUAGCCACAGCAGCAGCAGCAGCAGCAGCAGCAACAGCAACAGCAGCAACAGCAACAGCAGCAAAAGGUUCCGGGGACGGCGCCGCCGCCGGGGCUGCGCGCAGCUGACGUCGUCACUGCCGCUGUUGUUGUUGUCGGCCGUCGGGUGUCUGUGCAAUCCGGACGCCAAGCGGCUGUACGACGACCUGCUCAGCAACUACAACCGGCUCAUCCGGCCGGUCAGCAACAACACCGACACCGUUCUGGUCAAGUUGGGCCUCAGGCUGUCGCAGCUCAUCGAGUUGAACCUCAAGGAUCAAAUUUUAACGACAAACGUAUGGCUGGAACACGAAUGGGCAGAUCACAAAUUUAUAUGGGAACCACUAGAAUAUGGAGGUGUCAAAGAGCUUUACGUGCCAUCUGAGCAUAUUUGGUUACCGGAUAUCGUCCUUUACAACAAUGCUGACGGCGAAUACGUGGUUACUACUAUGACAAAGGCUGUGCUUCAUUACUCAGGUAAAGUAAUGUGGACACCACCAGCGAUCUUCAAAUCAUCGUGCGAAAUUGAUGUUCGCUAUUUCCCAUUUGAUCAACAAACAUGUUUUAUGAAAUUUGGUUCAUGGUCAUAUGAUGGAAACCAGAUAAACCUCAAGCAUAUCGGCCAGUUGGUUGGAACUAACAAAGUGGACGUUGGCAUCGAUCUGUCUGCAUACUACCCGAGCGUGGAAUGGGACAUUCUCGGCGUGCCGGCGGAGAGACACGAAAAGUACUACUCGUGUUGCGUGGAACCUUACAUCGACAUAUUCUUCAACAUAACUCUGAGGCGGAGGACCCUGUUCUACACCGUCAACCUGAUCGUGCCCUGCGUGGGCAUAUCUUACCUGUCAGUGCUGGUGUUUUAUUUGCCCGCCGAUUCCAAGGAGAAGAUUUCACUAUGCAUCACGAUCCUCCUGUCCCAAACCAUGUUUUUCUUGCUCAUCUCCGAAAUCAUUCCGUCGACGUCGCUGUCGCUGCCUCUGCUUGGAAAAUACCUGUUGUUCACUAUGCUUUUGGUCGCCUUGUGCGUGGUAGUCACCAUAAUCAUCAUAAAUAUACAUUACAGGCAACCGAGUACGCACAAAAUACCAUCGUGGAUGCGGACGGUAUUCAUCAGAGCACUUCCGAAAAUGUUACUUAUGAGGGUACCCGAACAGCUGUUGGCAGAUUCGGCGCUGAAACAGAAACAUAUGAAGACUUGCAAAAAAUUAAACCUUAAUUUGGCCAGGUUGAACGCGGCCAGUGUGGGCGCCACGUUGAACGUGCCUCCGGCGCCGGUCGGUUCACCGCCGGCCGGCCACCGUUCGCCCACCGAAUCCCUUCGACGGUUCGUGUCGGCCACCGGGCGGACCGGUUGCAACGGAACCGCGGCGGCCGGGGCGGCCUCGCGGCUAAUGAACGUGGCCGUAUCGUCCAUCGACGAUGCGCUCAACGAUGUGCCGGCUGCUAUCAGGAAGAAGUAUCCGUUCGAGCUGGAGAAAGCAAUUCACAACGUAAAGUUCAUACAGCACCACUUGCAGCGCCAGGACGAAUACAACACGGAAGAUCAAGACUGGGGCUUCGUGGCUAUGGUGCUCGAUCGACUAUUCUUAUGGAUAUUCACGGUUGCCUCCAUUAUGGGUACAAUUCUUAUCCUGUGUGAAGCACCGGCGCUCUACGACGACACGAAACCAAUUGAUCGGGAUCUAUCAUUCAUCGCUAGAAAACAAUUUUCCCCAACGUCCGAUCUGGAAUAGUCCGUAUGGCAUUAGAUUUUAAUUUUCAUGUGCAAACGAAAAUUAUUAUGAUAUGAAAACAGUAAGACAGAGAUGGACCAUCUCGAAGUUGAAUGGUUAAUAAUUAUUUUAACGAGUCGUUAAAUGCAUUAUUAUUGUUAAAAUGUCUAAAGUUUCAGGUUAUGGAUUUUUUAUCGUUAAAAUAUAUUUUGCACCAAUUAAAGUUGUCAGUAAAAUUAUAUUAUAAUGGAUGUUGUUUACAAAUAAAUCAUUAAACGCUUUUUAAUAGCGCAGAACUAAAAAUGUAUACAACGUUACAUAGAUAGAAGAAGAUAAAACAAGAUAAAACAAUUCAUUAUUUUUUUUAAUUUUAAACUCAAUCUCACAUUUUCAUAUUGAUUUUGUUAUCUAUUUUUUAAAAUGUUAGUAGCAAUAAUAGAUAAUUUGUUUAUUU